AUGUGGCUUGUGAUUGUCUUAGCCUGGUUGGCGUUAUGGGCCGGUGGGACGUACUGGUACCUGUUUGGGAAAAAAAGCCCUUUCUCUCUGGAGUCGGUGAGACCUCCAGGCCCUCGGGAGUUUGAUCAGAAGAAGCGCGACAAAGUCAUCAAACAAGGUUUCAGCCUUGACAAAGUGCCCCAGAACCUGGAUGUCAUCGUCAUAGGGAGCGGUAUCGGCGGGCUGACGGCUGGAGCCACGCUGGCCAAAGCAGGAAAGAAAGUCCUGGUGCUGGAGCAACAUGACCAGGCAGGAGGCUGCUGCCACACCUACGUCGAGAAAGGCUUCGAGUUCGAUGUCGGACUUCACUACAUUGGUCAACUCCAUGAGAACAGUCUGUUGCGUAUCGCCUUCGACCAGAUCUCUGAAGGCCAGCUGGAGUUUCAGGAGCUGAAGCCACACUUUGACACCAUCCAGCUGGGCCUGGGCGAUGAGAAACGGGAGUACACGAUCUUCUCCGGGAAAACUGAGAUGGAGGCCCACUUACUGAAGCAGUUCCCUGAUGACACAGAGGCCAUCAAGACUUUCUUCAAAAUCAUGAAGAUCUCAGCGAAGAAGACUCACUACCUGGCGACUCUGAAGCUGAUCCCAAAGUGGGUUUCUUUAUUCCUGCUGAAGUCUGGCCUUGCAGACCUCAUGUCUCCAGUGUUUCGCAUCAGUGGCACAGGUGCAACAGAGUAUGUGAACACCCUGACCAGCAACAAGGAUCUGCACGUCAUCUUUUCUUAUCUGUUCUAUGGUGUCCCUCCAAAGGACUCUAGCAUUUUGAUCAACGCCCUCCUGAUCCAUCACUACAAACGUGGGGCCUACUACCCUAAAGGUGGAGCCAGUGAGAUCCCCUUCCACAUCAUCCGCACCAUUCAGAAAUAUGGAGGAAACUGCCUGGUCAGGGCUCCAGUCACCCAGAUCAUGGUUAACGAGAAGGGAGCAGCUUAUGGCGUGAAAGUAAAGAAAGGUCAAGAGGAGGUCGAGGUUCAUGCACCUGUGGUUGUGUCGAACUGUGGGAUCUUCACUACCUUCCAGAAACUUCUUCCCCCUGAGAUUCAAGUCAGGCCAGAUGUACAAGAGAGGGUGAACAUGAUGAAACAUGGCAGAGGGUCAUUCUUGGUCUUCUCCGGGUUUGAUGGAACUGAGGAAGAGUUGGGUCUUGAGUCCACCAACUUCUGGCUGUUCAAAGACAAUGACAUGGACAAGUCGAUGGAGGACUUCUUUGAAUUGAGUAAAGAGGAUGCACCGGAUAAUAUUCCCAUGAUGUUCAUCACAAUGCCCUCUGCUAAAGACCCUGAAGCCAAAAUAAGACACCCUGGGAAGUCUUGCAUGACAAUCCUGACCAUGGUGAAGUAUGAAUGGUUUGAGGAAUGGAAGGACACUACAGUGCGUAAAAGAGGCGAUGACUACAACAACUACAAAAGGAGAUUUGCUGACAAUCUCUUCGCCUGGGCCUGCACCCAGUUCCCAAAAAUCAAAGACAAGUUGGUUUUCCAGGACGUGGCAACCCCACUGAGCAACAUGCACUACCUCGGAGCCCAACGUGGAGCCAUGUACUCUGCUGAGCACAACCUCGACCGUUUCCAAGCUGAGGCUGUGGCCAGGAACCGGAGCGACACCCCCGUCAAGAACCUCUUUAUGUCAGGCCAGGACGUGUUCAGCUGUGGGAUAGCAGGCGCUCUGCAUGGAGGACUCCUCUGUGCCGCUACAGUGCUAGAUCAAAUCAUCUACAUUGACUUGCUCAUGCUCAAGAAGAAGCUGAAGAGGAGGAAAGCCAAAGAGUUGGCCCUGCUGGCUAAGAAGAAGCUGUAAAACAAGGACUCGCUACUUCCCCUGCAGGACUGUAGUGGUACUACAUAUGAUGAUGCAAAGGGACCCUUGAUUGUUGUGGGAGGUUUAAAGGGACAAAGCAACACUAAGUCCUGGAUUUAUUGUGUUUUCUCGUAUUGUUAAAGUCCACUAUGAGUGUACACUUAACAAGGAAUGGAUUUAACUUACUUUGUGCCAAAAGGAAAAGAAAAAACAACAAACACUUUGAACACAAUGUCCUGUUUUCAUAUUGAAAACUUCAAUUUCUACAAUUUAUUUACCUUUUAUUGUCUGAGCUGUCGAUUUAAUCCUCAAUCAGUUAGUUUAAAUAACUUCACUUUAAGAAAGUAAACCAAAAAACCAUCCAGGUUGUUUCAUCCCUGGUGGAUCAUUCAACUUGGUGAUCAAUGCUAACAAUCCUACAGUGACCAGUACAUAGCAAACUAGCAUAAUAAAGUUAACACAGCAUGUUCAAUAAUGAAAAAAAGUCUCUUCUUGCUGUUUUUUUUAACAAUUUACCUUAAAAGAUCUACAAGUUCUCACUAGAUUUGCUUUAAGGUGGUUACCUCUUGCUGUCUUGCACUGUGACAUAAUGUGAAAAUACAAUACACUGAAGAGUUAGCAUAGCAAUACACACUGGAGCCAAUAAUCUAUCAGGGACAGUAAAUGGAUUUGGUUACAAUUCACAAUUUCAAACUCAAAUAAGGGGCUAAAAAUGACGGUAUAUGAAAAUUUCAGAUGAUGAAGAUCUCUUAAUUAUCUUGCUGAGUCGAUUUGCAUUGUUGCUUAUUUUCUUUUUAUACUGGUUUCCUUGGAGGAUAAUCACAGACUCCUAAAAUGCUUACACUACAUAAUAUCAUGGCUUAAUAACAUUUUUCUUUACAACCAACUGGACACUAAAUCAAAGGGAAAAUCAAAUAUUUAUGAUUAAGUUGGGUAUUUUUUUUUGUUAUUGGCUUGCUGUUUUUUAGGUGAUUCUGAGCAUCUCAAAAUAAAAUAUUUCCUUUUGUUUGAAUUAUUUUUAACCGAUAUAUUAAAGAUCGUACUGUAUUUGGA